AUGCCCACUGUAAACCACGUCCCUGCGCCAAUUCCAGUGAUUGGAUUGGUUUUCAGUGCAAUUCUUGAGGCCGCGACCAUAGUUGUGUUGGUUACUUGUCUAGGUAAGAGCGAUCCGUUGAAGCCUCUUGUGGGGUAUUUAGCAAGAUCACAUCAUAUCAUUGGUUUUCUCGUCCCGAAAACUGACAGGAUUGCAGCGAGGCGGUUGAUUCUACUCAAAGACAGGAAUUGGAGAGAGAUCCCUUUGGUACGGUGGUGUCAGUAUUCUUCCAAUUCUAUUUCCGAUAGGACCUAACUAAUGCUGUAUUAAAGUGAUUUACGUAAUCUACGUCGAUUCUCUUAUAUUCAUCAUCGCUACGACAGUUUUGACUUGGGGCUUUGGUCUCAACCGAGAUCUUACUAUUUGUGCCACGGCAAUUUACCUAUGUCUCAUCUGCUAUAUGUCUUCAAAGGUACUUUCCCUCGAAGAUAUAGGGAUAGGAGGAAUAGUUGCUGAUUCUGUACAACCCAGAUUUUUAUAUAUUAUUUCCUGGUUGAGAAAGUGGUAAGGAGAUACACCAUCAUAAUGCAGAAGGAUGCAAUUUGCUAACGGAAGACAGUUUAUUGUUCGCUCAGUAGCGCGUUCGAGGUUGAAUUCAAAAUUAUACUGCUUCAAUUGCUUUGGAAUGCUUCUGCCAUACGCCGUCAUUGUCAUUUUCAACUUUCUUUAUAAAAUAUCCUACUUCACACCUGGGGGCACAUGUAUUAUCGGCAUGGAAUUUAAGGUCUUGAUGCCCUUGAUAAUUUUCGACGCGGUUAUCAACGUAAGUAUCUUGGAGACGUUGUAAACGAAUCCUGCUAAUGCAUUCUUUCUAGGCUUUCUUAACAGUACUAUUCAUUAUUCCUCUGAGAGGUAAGCCACUUUUCCAUUUCGGCCUUCCUGAGACUCUGUCUAACAUUUGGAAUUAGGAUUACAUUCGUUCAAAACUAGUCACGAUCCAAGACUUCGAAACAUAGCCUUUAGAUCAUUUGUUGGAGCCUGCGGAACCUUGACUUCAAGUGUUGUGAACCUUACCGUUCUAAUGGUUCUUGAAGGACAAGCCGCGUGGGUCUGCCUGAUCUGCUGCAAUUCUGACAGUAUGUCACCCAUAUUGGUAUCCCAUCAUUUAAGUUGCAACCUAAUAUUCAAUAGUUCUCUUCUCGGUUCUGACGAUCCACUGGGUUACCUCCAGAGAUUCUCCGGUAAACUCCUCCCUCGAUCAACACUCAGCGCGUCAAGGCUCUGGGCACCAACUUUCCUCUUUCAAAAGCAAAUUAAAGUCACUGAGGAUGUCUGCCGGGCUCGCCGAGAGUCAGAAGGGCGGGGGUUGGGUUCAUACACCCAACAAGACCACCACCGUAAUUGAAUGCGGACGCACCAGUCCUGGGAGUGAAGAUGAAAGCGACAAAGAGGGGAUAAAAGUAGAAAUCGGACACAGCAUUGUUGUUGAACGGGAUGGAAAAUUGAUGAGCAGACCAGAAACAGCAAUGGAUUCGAACGAUCCCAAGUUAUCACCAAGCGAUAGUCGAUAUGGAAGCUCGUAUAAGAGCAAAUUCACAUUCGAAGAGGCGAGAAGUGAACCCUCAGAGUCGGUAGUCCAGGUCCCAAGUCACAAAAGUACCGAGGGCUUGGUGGAUAAAGACUUCGACUUCAAAUUCCAGUUAUAAUGAAACAAUACUUAUACCAUUUUGUAAAUUGGGCGUUGGGGCGUCUAUCUGGGGGCUUGGGUCGGAGCAAAUAAUACAUGUAUAGUAGGCAUCAGAAAUUCCAAAUAUGAAUUUCUCC